GGAGACGCUGUUGAUGAGGUCAUCGCGCAGACACAUUCCCCAACCCUCUCGGGGGCGGCGAGCUGGAGCGGAUCGGCCGCUUGGCCGCCUGGAGAGAAGAGGCUUCAGGCCGCAGCAUCACCAGUUGUCGGCGGCGGAGAGACAAGUGUCGGAGAGUGAGCGGUGCUGAGCUAAAAGCUCUACCAAUUGAAAAAUGCUGGGAUUGCUGAAAAUGCCGAUUAUAAUCACAGUGCAGGUUGAUGUGGUUUUAACCAUUCUUACUGUACUGGGAGUUGGAAAUAGACUAUGGGGCUUGAUGUACCCCAGAGCUGUUGUGUUUGAUGAAGUUUAUUAUGGACAAUUUGUUUCCUUGUACAUGAAACAAAUGUUUUUUAUUGAUGACAGCGGACCUCCACUUGGUCACAUGAUUCUGGCCGUUGGAGCAUAUUUUGGUGGCUUUGAUGGGAAUUUUGCUUGGAACAGAAUUGGCGCAGAAUACACUGGGAAUGUCCCUGUUUGGAAACUGAGGUUCCUCCCAGCUCUAGCUGGUGCACUCUGCAUCUCGCUGGCAUAUCAGAUCAUAGUAGAGCUCAAGUAUUCACACUGCUCCGCUGUUAUUGCUGCUCUUCUUAUCAUGUUUGAAAACUCCUUAAUAACCCAGUCACGGUUUAUGCUCCUGGAAUCCGUUCUCAUUUUCUUUGUACUGUUAGCAGUUCUGUCUUAUCUGAAAUUCUACAAUAUUCAGCGAGACAGCCUGUUCUCAGUGAGGUGGUGGUUUUGGCUUUUCCUAACCGGAAUUGCAUGUGCACUUGCUAUUGGGGUCAAAUAUAUGGGCUUGUUUACUUACCUACUUCUGUUGACUAUUGCUGGAGUACAUACAUGGCAGCUAAUUGGGGAUACAACAUUAUCAAAUGUCACAGUGCUUUAUCAUGUUCUGGCGAGAGUGUGUGCACUUUUAGUCCUCCCAGUAAUCCUAUAUUUGGGAUUCUUCUAUGUUCACCUAACCUUGUUGUACCGCUCUGGACCACAUGACCAAAUAAUGACAAGCACAUUCCAAGCCAGUUUGGAGGGUGGACUCGCAAGGAUCACCCAGGGUCAACCUCUAGAAAUAGCCUAUGGUUCCCAGGUUACACUGCGGAAUGUGUGGAGCAAACCUGUUCCCUGCUGGCUCCAUUCCCACAAGAACAUGUACCCUAUCAGGUAUGACAGUGGUAGAGGUAGUUCCCACCAGCAGCAAGUAACCUGCUAUCCUUUUAAGGAUGUGAACAAUUGGUGGAUUGUAAAGGACCCUGGCAAACAGGAGCUUGUUGUCAGCGACCCCCCUCGCCCAGUUCGCCAUGGUGAUAUUGUGCAGCUAGUCCAUGGGAUGACAGCACGUUACCUCAACACGCAUGAUGUUGCAGCUCCUAUGAGCCCUCACUGGCAGGAGAUUUCUUGUUACGUUGAUUACAAUGUCUCGAUGCCAUCACAGAACCUCUGGAAAGUGGAAAUUGUCAAUCGUGACACUAACAAUGAAGUGUGGAAAACCAUCUUAUCAGAAGUCAAGCUUUUGCAUGUGAACACAUCUGCAGUGUUAAAGCUCAGUGGUAUUGCUUUGCCUGAUUGGGGGUAUCGCCAGUUGGAGAUUGUUGGAGAUAAAAGCUCUAAGGUUUAUCACCAGAACAUGGCAUGGAAUGUCGAGGAACACCGAUACGGGAAAAGUGAGGAACAGAAGGAGAGAGAGCUAGAGCUUCAAACUCCAGCACAGAUGGAUGUCAGCAAAAACAUCAGCUUUAUGGCUAAAUUUCUGGAAUUGCAACUGAAGAUGAUGAUGUUGAAGAGUGAAGAGACUGAACACAAGUACAGCUCAUCCCCUCUGGAAUGGAUAAACAUGGAUACCAAUAUUGCUUACUGGCUGCACCCCAGCAGCAAUGCACAGAUACAGCUGAUUGGAAAUAUUGUGACGUGGUCGUCGGCAACUAUUGGAAUUUUUGUUUAUUUGGUACUUUUCCUUUGGCAUCUGCUGAGGCAACGCCGGAGAAUCUACACCAUCCCGGAAGAUUCCUGGGAGCACUUUGUUCUGGCUGGAGCUGUCUGUGUUGGAGGAUGGGCUGUUAAUUAUCUGCCCUUCUUCUUGAUGGAGAAAACACUCUUUCUGUAUCAUUACCUGCCUGGUCUCACCUUCAAGAUCCUCCUGCUGCCCAUAAUUCUUGAGCACAUUCACCAUCACAUCCUCAGGUCUUCUGUCACUAGAAAUACCUUCAGUGCUGUGGUCCUAGCUUGGAUCUCCUCCGUCUACUUGGUGUAUCAGACCUUUAGCCCUCUUACUUAUGGAUAUCCAGCUCUUUCAGCAUCUGAGUUAACUACAUUGCGCUGGAAAGACAGCUGGGACAUUCUCAUACGUAAACGAUAGCACUGGUCUGAGGCAAAGGACAGUACACUGACUACAAGAAAGGAGUGAGCUCGUACUUUAAAAUUCAGGCACUUUAAAGGAUUAUGGUUUACAUCGAUUUACAGUAAUUUUAUAAUAUGGGCAGAUAAGUAAAAGGUCGGAUUAUUGACCAUUAAUAAUUUAUCUAUAUUGGUGCAGUGAAAUGGACUUCUGAUAUCAAUAUGAUGCUGCGUUGCCAUGAAGUAUUGAGAGCUCUCAAGUGCAUCAGACCCAACACUGUGUGUCUUAUGGUGCUUAAUGCUAAUGCUGGUCGCUAAGGGAGAUCCUCAACUGCCAAUGCCUCUUCCUGCUUUUUUUUGAGGUAAAGAUUAAUAUCAGCAGAUAUUGCAGUGUUCUGGUGGUUAUAACACUACAGUAUGAGUCAGAUUGCCAUGACUUUAAGUAUUAUGGUUAUUUCUAACUUAACCAAAUUGUGAUUAAUUUUGAAAGCUCUUUGUUGCAACAGGUUUAGUGCCUUAUGACAGCAGAGCUCUCAAUGAGAGUUUAAUGCUGUUCCUGCCAAUCUUGCCUAACUGUAAAGGAGCCUCUUGCAGACUGAUUGAUUGUAAAAUGACAUUCAUGGCUCAUCCAAUUCGUUGAAGGAUCUGAAAGUACAUGUACACUAUUUUUAAACCUGUCUAUCCCAGCUCUUUGUAAAUUAGUUGAUUGACUUAUUGAGUUUUCUAUUUUUAUUGGACUUGCUAACUAACUGUGAACAUCUGGGUUGCAGUGAUCACUCCCCACAUGAUUGCAAUUAAUACCUAGAAUUUCAAACUUACCCUUGCUUUGUUCUAAAUAGAGGUUCACAUGGAUGGUACUAAAAUCAGGAAUUGAAAUUGUGUACAUGAUGUGUCAUACAUAUUACUGUUAGAUAAGUAUGUAGAUUGUAUAUUUGUACUGUAUUCAUUAUGACUGCCUAUUAAAGUUCUGUUGUUCAAGGUACACUUGGUCAGUUAUGGUAAAAUCCGUGUUGAUGAAACAUCGGCCCCAAGGAGGAACCGAUGAAUUCUGAGUGCAACUGAAGCUGAGCAAGUUUAUAGAGGCUUUGUAUGGAUAUACUGUGAAAAGAUUGAAACACGCAGUAUUACAAUAAAAUGGAUGUAGUUCUGGAGCAUUUAUUAAAAAUUAAGCACUGA